AUGAUCAUGGAAGCCCAAACCUUGAGUAUGGCACCAGCUGCUCCCAUCCCUUCAUCAUCUUCUCUGGACUCUCUCCACUAUGGCCACUUGUACUGGGAAGCCCAGCACUGGACCCAGCCCUCCAGGUGUGGCCCCACCAGCACAGAGCAUCUCUUGGACAUCACUGCGUGUCUGUGGUGCAGCUCGCCAUGGCCUGUCUACAAGGUGAAGGUGACAACGGGUGACAUCCUUGAAGCUGGGACCAGCAACUCCAUCUCCAUCACCUUGGUGGGCAGCUCUGGCGAGAGCCGCCAGACAACCGUCAACUCCUGGCUCCUGCCGAGGACCGAGAAGGAGAUGACCGUGCACUGUGACCAGGACUUGGGUGCCAUCGUCCUCAUCCGCCUGCACAAGUGGCGGCUCUUCUUGGAGGAUGCCUGGUACUGCAAGGAUGUCCACGUGACAUCCCCAGAUGGCACCCUCUACCGCUUCCCCUGCCACCAGUGGCUGGAGGGGGUCAUCACGGUGGAGGUCCGGGAGGGCUCAGGGAAGAAGCUGGUGGACGAUGAGCUGGAGUUCCUCAAGGAACAUCGGCGGAAAGAGCUGAAGGCACGGCAGGAGGCUUACCGGUGGAAGAGCUUUGCCGAGGGCUGGCCUCGUUGCCUCAACGUGGACUCCAUCCUUGAGCUGGACUCCAACAUUCAGUUUUCCUGCGUGAGGGCCAAGAACUUCAACGGUGUCCUCAUCUUCCAAGCAGCCUCCCACCUUCUAUCAGGGUUCCUGUUGAGACCCACCUCCUGGAAGAGCCUGGAUGAGAUGCGCAGCAUCUUCUCCCGGACGCAGGGCAGGGAGAUUGUCCCCGAGUAUGUGGCCAGGCACUGGAAAGAAGAUGACUUCUUUGGCUACCAGUUCCUCAACGGCAACAACCCCAUCGUCAUCCAGCGAUGCACAGCGUUGCCGGCCAAAUUCCCAGUGACGCCGGAGAUGGUGGCCGGCUCUUUGGGUGGUGGCACCAACCUGGGUAAGGAGAUACGAGAAGGUCGAAUCUUCAUCGUGGACUACGAGGUGUUGGAGGGCAUCCCCGCUGGCACCAUCCAUGGGCGCCAGCAGCACUUGGCAGCCCCGCUCUGCCUGCUGCACCAGGGAGCCGACGGGCUCCUACGCCCCAUCGCCAUCCAGCUCAGCCAAAGGCCGGGGCCCACCAGCCCCAUCUUCUUGCCGAGCGACGCCGAGUGGGAUUGGCUGUUGGCCAAGACCUGGGUGCGCAACGCUGACUUCUACAGCCACCAGCUCCUCACCCACCUCUUGAGGACCCACCUCUUCGGGGAGGUCUUCGCCAUUGCCACCCUACGACAACUGCCCUCCUGUCACCCCCUCUUCAAGCUCCUCAUCCCCCACUUCCAUUUCACGUUGCACAUCAACACAUUGGCCCGGACCGUCCUCAUCAACCCUGGUGGCGUCAUCGACAAGGGCUCGGGGGUCACCUAUGAGGGGAUGCUGCUGGUUGUCCGCCGGGGCUUGGAGAAGGUCACCUACACCUCCCUCUGCCUCCCUGAUGACAUCCACCACCGCGGCAUGGCCCACGUCCCCAACUACCACUACCGGGAUGAUGGGCUGAGACUCUGGGAAGCCACUGAGAGCUUCGUCUCCGGAAUGGUGGCCUUCUACUAUGGGGAGGAUGCAGCGGUGAGCGGGGAUGCCGAGCUGCAGGCGUGGGUGAUGGACAUCUUCACCAACGGCUUCAUGGGCAGGACGUCCUCAGGUAUCCCCUCCUCGCUGCAGACAGUGGCGGAGCUCAACAAGUUCCUCACCAUGGUGAUGUUCACCUGCUCGGCGCAACACGCAGCUGUCAACAAUGGGCAGUAUGACCUGGGUGCCUUCGUCCCCAACGCUCCAUCUUCCAUGCGCCACCCGCCGCCAGAAGAGAAGGGCAAGGUCUCCCUCCAACACUUCCUUGACACCGUGCCCGAGGUGGACACCACCGCCAACAUCCUGGUGGCCCUCAUCCUCCUCAGCUCCCGCCUCAAAGACGUGAGGCUGCUGGGACAGUACCCGGAGGAGCGGUUCACAGAGAUAAAGCCCCGGCAACUCAUCAGGUCCUUCCAAGCGCAGCUGGAGGAGAUCCGGGACCACAUUGAGGAGAGGAACCACCGGGCCAAGCUGAGAUACAACUACAUGAACCCGAUGGAAACGGAGAACAGCAUCUCCAUCUGAGCACCCGAGUGGCCCAGCUCCCCCAGCACACUAUGCUGGGGCACCUGCAGCACCCAGCUGAGCACCCCUAGUACCCACCAGCUGAGCACCCCCGGCACCCGGCACCCAGCACCCAGCUGAGCACCCUCAGCACCCCAUGCCAGGGAACCCCCAGCACCCACCAACUGAGCGCCCCCAGCUCCCACCAACUGAACACCUCCAGCACCCACCGAGCACCCCAACACCCAACUGAGCACCCCCAGUACCCACCAACCCUAGCAUCCCCAGAACCCAACUGAGCACCCCCAGCACCCUGUGCCCCCAACACCCCACACCUGGGCACUCCCAACACCCAGCACCCACCACCU